UAGAUGUACUUUAGGCUAUGUUUGCAUCUUUAAAAUAUCAGAGGUGGAGGGGAAGCAAUGCUGGGAGGAACUUUUGGCCUUAUUUAUAGAAAAGAAAUAAACUUACACGAGGUUUUCUACUCCAGCUCUCACACAGCACAUUUUAACUGGAAUGACGGGCCAAACAAACUGCAACUUACCACACCGUAUGUAAUCAGUGUGACAUCGGGACCUCCAUAAGAGGCCACUGUUUGUCUAAGUUUAGCUAACCCGUGCACUUCCUGUAGUGUGCUUUAGCUGUCGGAGCCAAAGGGUCCAAUUAUCCUCUGGCAAGCUUUGGAAUCUUCUUUCUCACUCUCUACAGAGAUGUCUCUUUCUGUACUCAUUACUUCUGGAUUGAAAAACUUGUUCAAUUGAUAAAUUUAUACAAGCAGACAGCAAGGAGAGUCAGCUCCAUCUAUCUGAAAAAAGAAAGUAAAAGAGUUCCUGAAGCCUUUUGUGGAUGACAGUUUCUACUUGCUUGAUUACAUGUACAUUUCAUACAAUUUGUGUGACAAGUGAGCCAAGACGGUAUGUUUUUCAUCUAUGACUUGGUGUGCAGGAGAGGAGGAAGAUGACGAAGCAAAGAAUCUGAAGAUUUUGAGGAGAGAAGGGACCAGGGUUUCACUGUGUUUUGGAGUCUGCUGAAAUAAACAGCUAUUCAUGAAUUUUGAAUUUUAAAUUCCAGGCACAACCUGAAAUCCAAAGAGGAUCUUCUGAGAGGACCUAAUGAACUCCAGCCUGCAAUGUUUCCUUAUCUUGCUGUUUAAGAAACUACUAUCAGUAAUCAGGCUGCUGGUGAAACCGUGGGGGCUGAGUCAUGUCUGCCUACAGCUGCUGAGGCACUGAGGUCUAAAACCCGGGCAAAGACCAGCCCUGCUCCCUUGGAGGAAAUGGCCGAGCAGCCUCAGCAACAGCACAUGAAAACUUCCUUCCUCUUCAUCCAGCUGCAGCCCCCCCCUACCAGAGCUACUCUAACUCUCCCCGCCCCUUCUCCAGCCACUGCAGCCUCAAGAGCAGCCCCAGGGGGCCUGGAGGAGGGACACAUUUUCCCAAGUUCCAGGACAGGCUUCUUGGCUUGCUGGGAUCUCAGAUAUACACAGGAUUUAGCUACUACUCCUUUGAGCCUGCUGCCUGCCGAAAGCCCUGGAACACAGACACCAGCUGUUUUCAAUUGCUAUUCACUGAAGGAAAAGAAGGAAGAAACAGAAAAACUUCAGAAUCUGGAUGUAAGGAGGGGUGGUGUUUGUAGAUCCCCACAUAGUAGGCGUUGCCUGGCCCCGGCCUCUAGGAAACUUGGCCAACCACAAGGACUGCCAUGCAGGCUUGCUAGCCCAACUCCUACAAUGAAUGAUGGAAACAGCAGUCCUUCCAUGGGCUGGAAGCACUGGCCAGUCAUUUCUGCCCAUAAGGACCUGCGGGGUAUGGACCCACAAGCCAGGAAUGCCAUCGAACUCUCAGGUCCACAAAGUACCCCGUCCUAUAGUGCUGACAGCGGUAAAUGGGCAAUCCAGAGGAGAGGGACUGCUACCCAAGAGGUACUUCGGAAGAAUUGUGAAGAAGAAACAGGUACCACAGUGCUGGCAACAAGGGCACGACUCUUCAGAUACUGCCCAAUGAUUCGGAUCAGCCAGAGCUGCCCAGCCCCACCUGCUGCUGUGCCUCUCAAGACGCUUCCUCUGAUUGUAGACGUGGUAUCAUGUAUUACCAUCCUGUUCUCUGCAUCUCUGGACCACCCUUCCCAACAUGCUAGCUCCUGGGGUCCACCCCCUCCUUCCAGUUUAGGUGUACCACUCUCAAGACAGGCAGAGACAUUUGUUUGGGUUAACAAUGCAUCAGCACAUUCCCAGAGUGUUGCCAAGGCAAAGUACGAAUUUUUAUUUGGGAAGUCAGAAGACAAAACUCCAGAUACUAGUGAUCAUGGAGGAAGCACUUUACUCCCACCAACUGUCACAAAUGAAUUUCCAGAAUAUGGGACCAUGGAAGAAGGAGGAGAAGGCCUAAGAGCCUCUCUAGACUUUGACACAAAGUCUCUGCCAUGCCGCCCACUAGAGCAGCAGGCAGUCCACCUUCUUGCUGGACAAGACUCUAUGCUCAGCAGUGUUACAGAAGGACCAAACGAUGCCUCUCAGUGUCACCCUCAGGAACAAAGUUUACAACCCAUUGACUCUUUAAUUUCUGCUCUGAAAGCUACAGAAGCCAGAAUAGCCUCAGGAACAUUUCAGGCUACAAAGGUACUGGACAAAGAUGCUAAAUUUUCAGUUCAGCCAGUGAAUAAAGAGCUGAGUACUGCCGGCCAUAAGCCACAGAGAACCCAUAGAACAUUCCCUGCUGGCAGAGAAUCACCAGACUUACCUCUUUCAGUGGAAGUAUCAACAGACAGAAAUUUUUCUUUGAACAUCCAGGAGGAUCUGACUGCACUCUUACCAGAAGAAGCUCAGGCAGAACUGUCCCAGAUAACCAAUUACAGGAGACAAGGGCCUCUCUGUGUACAGGAGCCAGUGUGCCCUGUGUCGUCCCUGCGGACCUCAAUAGGGAGCCAUAACCCUGUGGACAGAGCUGGUGUUUUGAAAGAUCAGAGGUCUGACCUUGGAAGAGAGCACCCUAGAGGAUGUGAUUCGGGUGGCUUCAUGGGACGGCAAGGCCGGAUCAAACAUGUAGAGUUUCAAGGAGUAGAGAUAUUGUGGACAGGAGAGAAGGCAGAGAGCCAGCAUCCUAUAGACGUUGAGACAUCACCAGCAAGGACAGCCUCUCCUGUCAGCAAGGGCUUUGCCAAAGGGCCAAGCCAUUACAGCUCAGCUGCUGGUUUGUGCAGCAAUUCUGUUAAUUUGACUGGGAGUGUUUGGGAUGAAACCUGGAAAGUUCCUUCAGCGAAGCCUGGCGUGAGCUUAGGAACAUUGUCCCCUGUUCCUCUUGGUGAGAGUGGAGAGGAUGAAGUCUUCCUGAGGGAAAGCAAAGAACACCUUGAGGAAAACCUUGAUCUUCAGGGAGAUAAAGAAAGUCAUGGGAACCAGAGGUGCAGAGAAGUCAAGUUUCUCGAACAAGAGGAGCACCUGCGGGGAGGAGAUGAUGACAUUCUUGGGACCGGAUACACAGAGGACUCCACAGAUGUGUACAGCAGCCAGUUUGAAACCAUUUUGGACAACACCUCCCUGUACUACAGUGCAGAGUCAUUGGAGACUCUAUACUCAGAACCUGAUAGCUACUUUAGCUUUGAGAUGCCGCUGACUCCCAUGAUCCAGCAGCGCAUCAGGGAAGGUGGUCAGUUCUUGGAGAGGACCUCUGUGGAAGGACAUCAGGAUGUUCUGAGCGUGUCAGCAGAUGGUGGGAUAAUGAUGGGCUACUCUACAGGGAUCAUCAAUGGACUACACGACUCUGCCACCUCGAUCUACACAAAAGGCCCUCAAGAGAUUACCUUCUGGGGAAGUGGUAGCCAUAGCCAUGCUGAGGUGAAAACGCGACCAGAUGCUCAUUCUGAAAUGGGGAGCACCGAAAUUCUGGAAAAAGAGACCACAGAAAGUCUCAGUAAUGGUACUAACAGCAACGUGGAAGCCGCUAAACGACUGGCCAAACGCUUGUAUCAUCUAGACAGAUUCAAACGAUCAGACGUUGCAAAACAUCUAGGCAAAAACAAUGAAUUUAGCAGACUAGUUGCAGAAGAGUAUCUGAAGUUUUUUGAUUUCACAGGGAUGACGCUGGAUCAGUCUCUCAGGUAUUUCUUUAAAGCGUUUUCUCUUGUGGGAGAAACCCAGGAGCGUGAGAGAGUAUUAAUACAUUUCUCCAAUAGAUACUUUUAUUGCAAUCCAGACACUAUCACCUCACAAGAUGGAGUCCAUUGCCUCACCUGUGCUAUGAUGCUCCUCAACACAGAUCUGCAUGGCCAUAAUAUUGGGAAGAAGAUGACCUGUCAGGAGUUCAUUACAAAUCUCCAAGGAGUAAAUGAAGGUGUGGAUUUCUCCAAGGAUCUUCUGAAAGCUCUGUACAACUCAAUCAAGAAUGAGAAGCUUGAAUGGGCAGUAGAUGAUGAAGAGAAAAAAAAGUCUCCCUCAGAAGGUACUGAUGAAAAGGCUAAUGGAACACACCCAAAGACUAUCAGUCGUAUUGGGAGUACAACUAACCCAUUUUUGGACAUUCCUCAUGACCCAAAUGCUGCUGUAUACAAAAGUGGAUUUUUGGCUCGCAAAAUCCAUGCAGAUAUGGAUGGAAAGAAGACUCCAAGAGGAAAGCGAGGAUGGAAAACCUUCUAUGCUGUCCUGAAAGGAACAGUUCUUUACUUACAAAAGGAUGAAUAUAAGCCAGAGAAGGCUUUGUCAGAAGAAGACUUGAAAAAUGCAGUGAGUGUGCACCAUGCCCUGGCAUCCAAGGCCACCGACUACGAGAAGAAGCCGAAUGUGUUUAAACUCAAGACUGCCGACUGGAGGGUCUUGCUUUUCCAAACCCAGAGUCCAGAGGAGAUGCAAGGAUGGAUAAGCAAAAUUAACUGUGUUGCAGCCGUGUUUUCUGCACCACCAUUCCCAGCAGCCAUUGGCUCUCAGAAGAAGUUUAGCCGCCCACUUCUGCCAGCCACCACAACAAAAUUAUCCCAGGAGGAACAGCUGAAAUCCCAUGAAAGCAAGCUGAAGCAGAUCACGACUGAGCUGGCUGAGCAUCGCUCAUACCCCCCAGACAAGAAGGUCAAAGCCAAGGAUGUCGAUGAAUACAAGCUCAAAGAUCACUAUCUGGACUUUGAGAAAACCCGUUAUGAGAUAUAUGUCAACAUUCUGAAAGAAGGAGGCAAGGAGCUCCUGAGUACUGAGGGAAACGAGGCAGUGGGACUAAAGAAGUCACAUUCAAGUCCUUCCCUGAACCCAGAUUCAUCUCCAGUCACUGCCAAGGUCAAGCGCAACGUGUCAGAGAGAAAGGACCACCGACCUGAAACACCCGGCAUUAAGCAAAAAGUUACUUAGAAUCCAUCCACGGCCAGGAAGUGCUGGUCAUGGAGCAAAAUAGUUUUUCAAGAUCUUUCUGGUAAUCCGUGAAUAUAUUUAAAAAAAUAGUCUGUGACUAAAUGGUGCAUUAGUAACCUUUUAUAUUGUAAAUUUUUGUUAGUUUCUGUACAGAUGUCUUCGCUCUUGAGUUCUUGCUUUAAUGAUUUGGGCAACUUUAUAACUAAUGCACCUUUUGUGAGGGGCAGAGGAUUACAGUCCUUUCUCCUUCAGCUUUCUCUUAUUUGCACUUCUGCACAGUUAUUUUAUGUAUUCCCAGUCAACUGUUACACUUUUUUUUUAGAUUUAAAUUUUGAAUCCAUUGUGAAACCCAUAACUGGACAAGCAUUGUGCUUUAGUAAACCCUAGAAUUUACAUGUGAACUCCUGCCCAGCCACGGAGGUGAAGUUGAAUGCUCGUAGCUGCAGGGAGUCAAGGUGCCCCAGGGGCAUUGAUCCUGGCACCUGCUGUUCAGUGCUGGGCAGAGGAAAAGGGAGAACAUGAUGAUGACAGGACUGGAGGGAGACCUUGGGGAGGCACAGGAAUCUGCCUCACCUGUGGCUUCCAUUCCAGCCACGCAAGGGAAAGCAGAUGUGGAUCAUCUUUCUUGAUGGGAGGCUGAGGGCAGAUUGAUACCAAGCUACUUCUGUUUUCUAAAGGAUGGUGGCAGUGGCGAUAAUCAGCCCUUUGGGAGCUGCGAGCUGCAGCAAUAGGGUGUGUGGUCUUCCAUAGGAAUGUGUUACCUCACUCCCAUGUGAUUUAAACUAGGAAUCAGAAUCAUCUCUGUCAUUGAUAUCCUUCCAGCCAGGAGUAGAUCCAGUUUUGCAUAGACGUGCAGGCACAGAUCAUGUCCUGGUUGAAACAGAGCAAUGUGGAAAAUGGAUUGCCCCCAUUUUUCCUUUGCUAUAUCAGGACAAAUAGGGAGCAAAUGCAGCUGCAGUUCUCCAUCAAGGGACAGUGACCCUUCAGACGGAAUCUGAAGUCAGUCUGAUCUUAGUGACUGAAGAUGGAGGAACUUGAUGAUUUGUGUGCUGUUCCUUAGCUUAUCCUCAUCUCCAUCUCUAUAGCCAUUUUACUCUGUCACUAGUAAGAUUGCUCCUGAAUUUAUUUGUAUAUGUUUGAUCUCAUUUUUUCUAUGUAUUCAAAAUGAUUUUACCUUACAAACAGUCCCUUUAAAAUUCAAGGUAUUAAGUAGAAUAUUGCCUGUAGAGGAAGAGAAAGGAAGAUAAAAGGUGAGAUUCCUCUGUGGCUAAAAACUCAGGUUUCCAACCUUGAAACUAUUCUCUAAAACUACUAUCUUCCCAACAGCAUAUCUUCAAAACUAACAGGAUGACAUUUGGAUAUUUCGUUAUGGUCCUUAGACAUUUUCUCUAUUUCUACUUGGUUAGUUGAAGGUACUAUGACCAGAGAAUCAGCUGCUCUUGCAUGAAUAGCAUGAUUCCAGUAAGUUAGAGAAAGCCUGUUAGAAAAUCAUGGUAGUUUAUAGAGAUGUAUCAUUAGGAUAUAGUAGCAUUUAGUUACAGGAUUAAGUGUUAACCUCUACUUCUUUUCCCUUCUGUACAUGUCCAUCUUGCUUGUGCCCAGGAAUAGUAACUCCUCUCCAAAACUAGCUGCUUGUUUCAUGGUAUUUUAACACCUAUUGAAAAAUUUCCUUUAACUUCUAUCUUCUUUAGGUAAAGGCAAUUGACUUAGUUUAUAUUUCAGAACCAUGAAGCUAACAUUUUGCUUCAUGUACCUGAACUACUUCAUAGCUUCCUACCGAAUACACUAUUUCCUGAGCAAGUUGCCUUUCUUCUGGAAGGUGAAUUUUCACUGUCUGCUUUUUGCCUAAGUAUUUGUAGUCCCUCAAGGGAAAGAGGUACCAAGACCUUUGAGUCUUGAGCAUCAUCUUUGAGCAUCAGUAGCUGAAGAACAGUUAACAUGUUUGAAUGUGUUUGUUCAUAGUGUAUGUCUGUAUGUGUAUAGAAUGUUUGUGCGUACUUACUAGAAUAUCUAAUAUACAUUGAAUGGUACCUUGCUGAAGAGUUUCUGGCAUGGAGAAUAAUCUGGGAAUACCCUUAACAUCAGCACUGCCACUGUUCCUAUUACAGGACUCAUAGUGUUGCCUCUAGAACUUAUGGUCAUACUUAUAGAUAAUCAGAUGACAAAGGCACGUUUGAAGCUGUAGACUAUGGUGUCAGCGUCAUUUGUCUUGAAAAUUAACUGUAACAUUCUUCUGUGAGUUAGAAUCCCAGCCUGCCCUAAUGUAAUGCUGUCCACCUUCCAGGGAUAGGCUUAAAAUGUACCUUCCCUGAGGCCACCUAAGGAUAUUGUCUGCCAAGAAUGCACAGCAGGCUGUGUUUGUCCUAUGGUAGGAAACACCUCUGACCUACUGGGACUCUUAGAGUCUGGUCCAUGGCCAACCCAAUUUCCCCACUGUAUUGAGUCAUAAGAAAUGGAAGGUGGUUCUUUGGACAGCUACUUAAGCCUGUUGCCCAGUGCACGGUACAGGGAGCUCUCCUCCCCCUCCUCUCCAUGGUACUUCGUUCUACCCCACCUAUGCCUACUUUCACCCCUACCUCAGUACCCUGGAGCCUUGGAGUUCCUCUCCAUAUGAUAAAAUAUUAUCUACCUUACAUUAAUACCCUUAAUAUUAAAGUGAUUUUUAAGUGUAGAAAAUCUUGUCAUCAAACGACUUUGAUGAUAGUCUUGUUGCAAACUGACCCUGUAUAAAAAUCUGUGUGUUUUGUGGGGUUCACCCUACCCCACCUGCUGACUUCUAGAAAGGUUUGCCAGGAACCCCAUUUUAGAGAUUAAAAUCUUGUUCCUACCACUCAGAGUACUUAUUUUAUUGGCAUAUCAUUGUCAUAUCUGAAAUGUACUAUUAAAAAUAUAUGUCAUUUACCUAAUUCGUAGCAAUGUCUAAUUAAGCCAAGUGUUACUUAUAUGCAUUUCAAUUAAUCACAGCAAAAUCAGCAUGUGGGGGAGUACUCUGCUAGAAAUAGUUUAUACAUUAUAUGUAGAUUUUUGAAACUGCUCUUAGGUAAAUAAGAUGGAGCCAUUUCUCACACAACAACCUCGGGAAGUCUGCAAGGCAAUCUGUGCCAUUCCAUUUGUUUCCCUCAUCCUGAAGAGGAGAGCCAUUUUCCAGGAAAAUAUGAGGGAAUUGAUUCUGGAAGAGGAAAAUCUGGCUGUUUUUUUUUUUUUAAGGCCCAGCUAGGUGUGUGUUCUUGGGAAGUUGAGUGUAGGAAGUUACACUGGCUCCGUUGCCUUCUGCCCUUUAUCUGAUAAAUAACACAGAUGAAGGGUCAUGCAUGCUGGGAAAUAAGGAAGGACCAUCCUGAGAUGCAAAUCUCAUCUGCCUUAUUGAUUAGAAGUCAGCUUCUCCUUUGUCUUCUCAAAUGAGAGAGACCUUAGAUGAAGUUAGCUGAAGAUGGGAUUUUAAUUCUUUGGCAUUGUUUUCUAGUAGCCAUCAAUUAAGCCUCACUUGACAUUAAGUUUCUUAGUUUUGAACAUAAAAGUUUGUGUGGAUUAGCUUUUAUGGAUGCAAGAUUUUAUCAGGUCAAUAGCUACCUUCCUAGUUUUAUCAGAGAACCUUCUAAGUUCGGAUAACAGUGUGUUCUUCACUAGUCAAGUUCACACCAGAGCCAAAGUAGAAUUGUCACAUCAGGUAAAUCUAGACUCUGGCUCAUGAAUGAUAAUGCAACUUGGGGUUUGAGUCCUAUCUGCUUUUGUUUCAGAGCAUGCAUGUUACUCAGACAGAAAAAGACCAGUCAAUUCUGUAGGCAGAGGAUCUCCCUUGCUCCAGGACCUCUUACCUAUAUCCACCCAGGCCAGGCUGCUGGUGAACCUCUAGAGCAGCAGAAAUCUCCCCACUCACUUUUGACAUCUGCUAUCAUCAUGCCAUCCAGAGGACUUUCUCAAUCCACAUAAAAAAAAUCUGGAGGCAUUGCAGAGGUACUUUGUCAUUGCGUAUCCUUUCAGACUCCCUUUCCAUCCUUCACACUUAACCGGACUGACAUCAAUGUCAUUCUCACUCUGCAUCUGUGGAGUGGGCAUCUUCAAACAUUCAGCUCAUUGCAUGUGGAAAGAAUGUCAAUAAAUACUUGAAUCUGCAUGGCAGUUUGCUGGUUGUAUGCAAGAGCAAGGAAUACGGCAAGUUACUUGUACAUAUGGUAGAUUUCCUUAGGUAUUAUGGGCGCAUCCUUCAUAAUUUAUAUGUAUAUUUGUUGUAUUGAAAUAUUGGGGGAAUAUUUGUAUAGAUAGUAUGUCACAUGUCAAAGGAAAUGCUUUCUGUCACCCGCUAAUGUUGUAUUUGUGGGUAUUUAUAGUUGUAUGUAUGUAUGUAUGUAUGUAUGUAUGUAUGUGCAUCAAUGUGUAGAUUGUGUAUCAGUAUAUGGUAUAUGUAUGUUGAAAUUAUUUUUGUCAUUAAAAAACCAGUAUAAUAUGAAAAGAACAUUUAAAAACCUCAUAGGAAUGAUUAUAUAGUACAGUUGUUGUUGAGAGUUCAUAUAGUGGUAUUGUUUUAUUAAACUUAAAUUCAAAUGAUAUUUUGAUUAAAUUUUUUAAUAAGACUUUACAAUAGAAAAUUCCAUCUUUAAGCUUUGAAUUACCAGGGCAAAAAUGACUUUGAACUCAACUCGUGAAUCUAUUGACAUGUACAGUGUGCAAUACAAAGAGAACUCAUUAUAAUCUGGGAAAUACAGAAGUGGGGGGAAAGUCAGCCUGUGCAGUCUUAGCAACUUUAGUAUUAAGAGCACUUAACAUAGUGUUGAGCUGACAACUUUGGGCUUCUUACAAAAUGUGAUGCUUUUGAGCUCACGUUCUUUAUUGUUGUAAUUAGUCCAGAACACUACGUAACUUUCUGAAGAACUCAAUAUGUACCCAGUGUAUCUUUUAUGUACCGGUGUAUAUUUUAGAGUAGAUCAGUCACACUCCUGGUGCCAUAUCUUUACCCUCUUUGAAGGAAUUAUCACAGAUGAUACUGAAGUCUAUCAGGGCAUCCCGAGAUCGGGCACUGUAUUCCAGGUUCGCAAUUGCACAAAUUAACAGCUAGUGUCACAGGCAAAAGGACUUUAGGAACAAGUUAAAACUUUAUUUAAUAUUUUUAUACUUCAGUCUCUUUUCCUGACUCUCCCCAAAGAAGAGCCACUGGCCUUAGUUGUUUGACGUUAUUGCUUAUAUUAUAGAGUGUAAAUAGUAACUAGAGACUACACUUUUAUUAACCAGCAUGUUUGGUAUAUUCAAAACAGCGACUGGGUGUGUUGGAGUGAGUGGUUGGCUGCAGUGUCUUUUGUUAGAACACACUGCCUCAUGUCUUCAUGUCAGAGUCAGAGAAUUGGAACUGUAGGGUCUGAGACCCUCUUCAGCUCCAGACUGCAGUCCCAUAUUGGUGGUUAUAGUUGAGUUUUGUUUUUAUUAACACUUCAGUCUCAAACUAUUUUUACAAAUAUAUAUUUCCCAAUUUGUUCUCUAUGUGUGGUGGGCUGGCCCUGUGGCUGAUCAGCAGGUCUUCUGCAAGAAUAUUUCCUCCUAAGAAUGACUUAAGAAAACAGCCAUGUGACUCAGAAAUCACACAGAAAUGAGUAGUAGAAAUAAGAUAUAUUUUAGGCCAUAGUUACUUGAAAUGUUUGGAUUUUAAUAUAAAGCCAUGGAAGUUGUUAAGCCAAGUAACCAUUUGACAUGGAGAAUAAUAUUCGCUCUAGAGAGUAUAUAUGCACAUUGAAUUUUAUGUCAUUAGUAUACUUUUUUAAGCUUUAGAAAUAUGAGUGAUUAGACCAAAUUGAAGUGGAGAGGUGCUGGCUGUUUUCCACUUAGGGUAGCCAUGUCUGUGUUAAAUCAUUUCCUAGGAAAUUCACCAAUUAACUGUCCCUUAGGUGUUUAAAGAGAAAAUUGAUAUGCCUAGGACCUCAUCUGUGUAUACAGAGAGAGAGAGAGAGAGAGAGAGAGAGAGAGAGAGAGAGAGGAGAAUAUCUUUUAAGUUAUACAAAUGUAUGACAUUAAGACAUUGAGGGCCAGAGUAUUUAAAGAUAUGAUGAAUGGAGGCGAUGUAAACUGUAUCACAGAUGAGUUCCAUGAACCAGGGAAGAUUGAUGGAGUGUUUGACUUUGAGGUGCAUCACAUUUUCAAUAGAGAAAUGGGGCCUGGGACACAUGCUGUGUUCUUCCUGGUGGACCACCAACUUAAGGCAUUCUUGUGACCCCUAGGCAGUGAUUCUCCAACACUCUGAAGAUGAUUCAUUUAAGAGGGAGUGUAAAUGGAGAAGCCAUAUUAACUUCAGAGCCCCAAGUGUGAAUGGCCUGCCAUGGCUUCUGAGCUGUAGGUGAGAGAGCUUGCACUGGAAUGUGCUGAACAGCCAAACACUUAUCCAUAGCCCAGGAUCUUCAGGAUGAAUAUAAACAGAAACCCAAAUCUAAUGCACUUUUGCAGGGGAGAGUUCAGCUUUCACUAGCAGUAAUAUGAAAAUAAGUACCUUACUUAAAUCCCUGAAAGCACUGGUGGAUGAAGAGAACUUUGGAGUUUCACUUAGUGUUUUCCCCAGCAGUCUACAUAAGCCUUUGGACACACCUACAAGUCCCAGGCACAAGGCUCCAUGAAGGAUCACACAGCAGGUCUGAGGCACUGCUCUGAGCCCUUACCUCGGGCAGUGGAGAGCAGGGUGAUCUUCCUACUCUGGAGUUUCUCCUUGGCCUUCUACUCCACCAGGGCUUCUGCUCAGCAGCAAGUGUAUGCUGGAUUUAGGAAUCCAGCUGUCCCGGUGGCUUGACCCUGUUCAGACAAGAUAUCACUCAGCCAUGGGAGAAGACACAGGGUAAAAAGACCCUCAGUUUGAAGCUAAGAUUGCAUUUUGUCUUUUCAAGAAACAAAUGGGCAUGUUGAGUUCUGUCAGUGUCAGAUGGUAUCUUUGCCUUUGCUCCCAGAUUUCCAGAAAUGGAUACUGUUUCAUUUCUGUGGGAAGGGUCAAGGAACAUAAAAUUGCUCAACAGUGCUCUGUUCACAUGAGGGCUGUUGAGCAAAGGCCAAUAUGCCUCCCUGCGUUCUCUUCUACCUCAAGGUUUUGGAAUUCACUUCUGGAACAGAAAUUUAUACAAUUGAAGAGCCAUGUUGUCAGCCUUGUUUACUGUGGGAUACACACAGGAUGGCAGUUUGUAUCUUUGAAGAUACAAAAGAAGCUGGGAUUUUGCAGCCUAUUAACUGGUUUCUAUUUACUGUGGCUCCAACUGAUUGGCAAUGCAUAACAUUCCUUUACCUUCAAAGUUUUCUCCACCAGUCAUUUCUGUCACCACAGUCCCGGUGUCAUAUGCCCCUGCAAAUUGCAAAAGUAAGUAGUGACAAAAUAGUAGCCUCCCCUUUUCAGUGGCCAAACUGUCAGCUUUAGUAGACCUGGAAAAGCUAGUGGUACCACACCAUGUACUGAAAACCUGUUCCUUAUCACACACCAGAUUCAAGAAAUGCCACUUCCAAAUUGUGGCAUUCAUGGUGGUAGUCUUUUGAAUGGAACAGUAAUUAAUGUGGAUAUUGUUAGUGUUUAAAGAAUAUUUUGAAAAUUAAGUUUACAUUUUACAAUUGCUUUAUUUUUAUUGAAAUAAUUGUAUAUAAAUAUUACCCUAUUUCACUGUUAUUAAAGUAAAGCUAAACCUUGUAGACAGUGGGUCAACUGUAUGGAAGCUGUGACGUAUACAGUACAUUUCUCUAUUGUGUAAAUGGCCAUGAAUAGGACUGUCCCUGUGUUUUUAUAAGUUGAGGGUAUUUUGUUGUUUUAUAACAACAAAAUUUAUUGCAUUUGAAAUGGUUUUUAUGUAAUAGAAAUCAUGCAAACAAUGAAGGAUUAUAAUAUGGUAUAUGUAAAUGUACAAACUUUAGAAAGAAAUAAAUACAACAAAUUUCAAUAA